CGCUCGUUCUGUCGUAACGUUGUAGGGCAGUUCUCACAGGGAUCGGGUUCGUGUUGUACUGAUUGCGAUUCAACGCCGAAAAGUACUGUUCAUAUUUAUUAUCAUCCUCAUCGUUACUGCGCUUAAUAGCAAUAUUCUGUUGCGUCGAAAAAAUCGGGAUUAACGGCGUGAAAAAAGUGCUAAUUUCCAAAAGUGUGCAAUUCUGUAGUAAGGCGAAAGUAGAAAAAAAAUAUUUUAAAAUCAUGGUUGUUAUGCAAAGAAGCUAUAAAAAUUGAUUAUUGCGGAAAUCCGGAUGAGUGGUUCUGUUUUUCUCUACCGUAAGAGAAAAAAGUUUCAUCACCCCGCUAGCCAACCAGCCAGCCAGCUACCUACCAUACAGAAGAAUGUCAAUGAAGUGAAGAGUAUCUUUCGGUCAAGUGUGGCGAGCUUGUCGGAGGAGGAAGUAUACGAAAAAAAAAAUGAAAGUGAAAGCGCCUUCGCCUACUUUUGUCGCAGUUGUCACCGAGAGGGUUGUGUAGAUAAUAUUUACGAAUACGUACCACAUACAACAGCAAUCCUUACAAAACGGAAAGAUUGAAAGAUUCCCGCCCGCAAAUGAUUCGAAUGUAAUCAGUUCACCUGUGCAAUGUGUAAGAUGAAUAAUUGUGAAGUGCAGUGUGCUAGAAUUGGUUGAAUUUAUCACAUAGCAAAAAAAAGCAUCUUAUCAAAAUCGAGAAAAAGUAAAUAUCUAACGGGGUGAGGAGAUUAGUCGGUGGUUGUUGUUUAACCGUACGAAACUUCUGCGUCUUCUCCUGCGUGGGCUUACAACGAAAAUCAGACCGACGAAAAGCGGACGUCAGUCCGUCCGCAACAGUCUGGUGGCAGAGGACAGAAAGAUGGAUAAUUCAAGCUCGCUUCCAUUUCUUCUAGUCACAGCCAACGUUGGAAGCGUUUUCGAAGACCCUUCGCGACUGCUCAACAUCUGGAUCCAGGAAUUCCUCACCCAUGUCGUCUCUCGGCGGCCGGCAUUCAUCGCCCUUCAUCUGCAGGAGGUCGGCGGCAAGACGUACGAAAAGUCGAUGGAGUACGUGCAGGAAUUCAUCAAGCACCUGUGCGAAUCGGCCGAACUGGCCGACUACAACCGGAUCCGGGUAUACCUGGACGAGGACUACAACUCAGCGGAACACUUCACGGCUCUAGGCAAUCUUUACUUUGCCAUUCAUACCAUCAAUCAUCUGCAGAUUUGGAACUUCCUCACACACGAAUGGGAAACGGUCGAGGGUAAAAACAUCCAUACCGGUAACAUCGAAUCGGUUGCUACAAAAGAAAAGGCUAAAUUUCCUCAACAAUUCUUCCCGGAGUGCAAAUGGUCACGUAAGGGCUUCCUGCGAACUCGUUGGUCCCUGAACGGAACUGUGUUCGAUCUGGUCAAUAUCCAUCUGUUCCACGAUGCUUCCAACCUGGCGGCCUGCGAGGAAUAUCCAUCGGUGUACUGCAAAAGCCGACGGAGGGCCCUGGUGCAUACACUGGAAAGAUUUCACAUGGAUAAGCUGAACAAAGCUGUGCCAUAUUUUGUCUUCGGUGAUUUUAACUUUCGGUGUGAUACCGAAGGUGUUGUAAAGAAACUGACUGAGGAUCUCACGAUGCACCAAAUCCCGCACGCAAAACUAGACAAUACCAAGGUUCAGUACCGAGAUUCGGAAGGUGCGAAUGUACUUACGGUGGGUAAGAAAGAGUUCAAUCAUUACGAUCAGAGCACCUUCAAGGAAAGUUGGCUGCGUCAAUUUGACCGCGAGCUGGAUUCGCUUCGCAGCAUACUGUACGAGUAUCCAAUCACAUUCCCGCCCUCCUACCCGUACGAGGAAGACCCGCUGCAACCGGCCAACUACAUGUCCACUCGCUGUCCGGCCUGGUGUGACCGGAUACUGAUUAGUCCUGCGGCCCGCAAACUUAUCGACGAAGGACGUGAGAACGGGAAGGCACAGACUGCAGCGGUUGCCAAAGAUACUUACGGUAUCAUCGGUGAAACGGUCUGCAUGGGAGACCAUAAGCCGGUUUAUCUCAAUAUUCGAAUUAAGACGAGUCAAGGUAUUUUAAAUUACUGUUCCUGUGAUACGCAUGCGCCUAAACGUGUUGAAUACUUUUCCAAUAAUAGUACUUUCAAUGUCAAUAAUAAUAACAAUAAUAGCUGUAGUAGUAAUUUAGCCGGUAAACAUGUUAGUAGUAUUAGUAGUCGUAGUAGUAGUAGCAACAAUUGCGAAGCAAACAACGCCACAAAUAGUAACAACAACACCAACAACAACAUCAGCAUACGAACUCCUACUACUGCUAACGAAACGCAGCCUUCUAGUGGCUAUACUUCAACUAUCAUCACUAGCACCAUUUGCACACCUCCUAACACCAAACAUCACUGUUCAUACUGCUUCGGUCAUAUUCAGGCCACAUUUGAUCAGAUCCUUUCCGAGUUGGAGCUAUCCUCCGUUGGAUCCUGUGUGCCCGGAACGAACGAACCGGUUGACCAAUCGGAUGGAGGGGCUGACGAGCCGUCACUAGCUGCAACAAAAGCACCAUUGCCGGUCCGCAUCAGCGUGUUCGAUACGGACAGUAACGCCAAUGUUUGUAUGUGUUCAUUGUACAGUAGUAACUUUAGUCUAGGUGGAGAGAUCCGGCAUAGCCGGUCCGGUUCCGUCAAUCAUCUCGAUCAGCAGUUUGCUUCGGCGUCGGAUACUAGUCCUCAAAUCUGUCCCAACUGUCGAAACAUUAUCAAGCAUCAACCGGUCGAACACCGGAAGACACUCAUCUCACGCAGACUGAUGUUGGCUAACGACAUAAUUGUCAAUCGUAUCGAUACGCACUAUUUAAACACUUAUACAAACCCCACAGGGAAGUCGACACCCGGAGGUACGAUCAAUCAUUUUGAACCAUACACUCCGGAGAGUGUAGAAUCUCAUUCGCCCGUGCCGGAAGGUGUCAUUCGGUUGGACCUUAACGAAUCUCGAUCCGGUGAUAUGCUGCUGGAUAUGGAUCAAAGUGCUCCACUGUUGAAGGAAGCAGACAGUUCCAUCCAAUCGCCCACUACUCGUUGUCCAGAUGGUUUGGAAAAACAACAAACAACAACAACAACAACAACGGCCACCAAGGCCACUCUAGCAGGGAGAGCUAAUUCGACAAAGAAAAGUGUCGGUACCGAUGGUGGUGGAGGGACCAGCACCAGCACCACUAGUCGUGGAGGUGUUUCCCCGCGUCAACUGAAAUCUCGCCUGGAGAAGCUCAAGCGAAUCUCGGAUCGUCGAAAAUCCUAUCAAUUAAGUCGAAGUACUGGCAACAGUAGUGAGGGAACGCUAACCGUCGCCACCGGAACGGCCAGUGGCGAUGAGUUGCUAACACUGAACGUUAGCGGAAAGUCUAGUCUCGGCGGUGCUGCUGCUGCUGCUGUUACUGUAACUGGUGAUGGUGCGACACAGAAGGAUGAUCUAGCACUCGUUUCAUCGUCGGAUGCCACCGGAUGUGGAGACACUGACAAGCGAGGGACUGAGCGGAGUGAUCGCAAACUGGUCAACUGCUGUCAGCGGCAUUGCUGUGCUGUGUCGUAGUGGUUUGGUGAAGAAACAUUAUUUGUGGCGUAUGUUUCGGUUGUACUUACGUGGUUCAUUUUAAUUUUUUUUGCGAAACAAAAGAAGCAAGAAAGUAAAACAAUUUGUUUUUUUAUUCUAUUUGAGUGUUUUUUUUUUUCAAAUUUUAUUUUCAACUACAUGUUUCGUGUUUGUUUGUGUGUCGUGAAAAAAUACGUGGUCGCUGAUCUCCGGUCUAGAAAACAGUCGAAACAGCAGUUUGUUCACAUGAGUGUGCAUAGGUAUAACUAAAGGAAGGAAAUUUCAGGUGUCUGUUUUUUGAAUUUAAGUACGGAACUUACAGUGUAGAGAGUUUUGAGUGCGAUAAAUUUUGAAACGUGUUUCAAUGGCGAGAGUUUUGUCUCUAGAUAUAUUAAGUAUUAGCAAAUUUGAGCUAGCUGGAAGACGUGAAACGAACCAUAAUUCUACACGUAUAAAGUCGAUAUUAUCAAUACGAGAUGCGUUUUUACCGUAGGUUCUUAAAUAAUCCCGUGAUUGAAAGAGAGCAGUUUACAGCAAAUAUUGUGCUGAAAUUUUGGAUCGUCAGUUAAACUGGAACACUUUGAGAUCGAUAGAGCGAAAAUGGAACUACUCUCAGAUUCAGAUGUGUCAGACUUCGUACUAUCUAGGGUAUUCGUCAGCUUUAUCUACAUUUUAUACCUUCCAGUAAUCGAACACGACGAUUUGAAAGAAAUCGACUUUAGAACAGGGACCGCGCAACUUCGGAAAUUCGCGUAGAAAAAAACACAAGAUUAGAGAAUUUUUUUUUGAUACCAAAUGUCUUAGAAAUGCAUGAAGAGAUCUGGUGUAAUCUCAAUAAAUAUUGUUUUGGAAAAAAUUGAAAAUUUUCCAAGUGUCACAGUUGACUUAAAAAUAUUUGUUAGUGUUCUAACAAAUUUUAUAUAUUUUCUAUUGGGAAAAGUAGUGAAAAGCUCUACUUUAUCUGCUGACCAGAGGACACCGGUCACAAGUACUCAGGGCAAUUCAGAGGUGGAUGACGACAGAUUAACACUUACCCGUUCAUUUGAGACUACCGAUUCACAAAGAUUUCUUUUUUAAAAGUACACAAUAGCGAUUUUAAUAACCUAACCAUAAUUUAUUCAAAUUUAAACAAAAGAACAACCUUAAAUAGAAACUACGGAGAUAUAUGUAUAUUCAUCUUGUAGAUAUUAAUUAUAUUUAUUAAAAAAACAAUAUUUCAAGGUGCGAUACGUUGGCUAGCAUGCUGCGGCCAGGUUGGGCGCCUUCGAUGGUCCCAUGUGGACUGACGAUAUAGUGCCCGAGGAUUUCGGGAGCGAGAGUAAAACGGUUUCACAUACCUUCGGCUGCGACGCGCCGGUCGCUCGUGGUCUGGUAGUGGUGUGGAGAAUUGCCAAUACUUAUCUCCGAGUACAGCUUCGUAUGCUGUGGGUGCUGCUGGGGCCACUGCGGUGAUCGGUAAUGGUUUUUGAGCAAGCACUUUGAGGGUUCGGGAUCGCGGGACCGUAUGUUGAUGAACGGUCGUGACGGACUCGGACGGACACCAGGUUUUCAGGGGGGGGGUCUCACAGUGCACUAUAGUAUUGAGUGGGUUUUUUAUUAGAGGGAAAGACGCACUUAACUAUAUCGGGCAUCCGCUACCGAUAGGACCCUCUAACGAGUUCCAAUUAUCACUUCCGGGUCACUAUGGUACGUUUUUCGGUCCCAGAGGACACCACUCCGCGAUCAUUCCCUCCAUUCUGUCACACGCGUUCACGCACAAACAGUUAAGUCGUGAUACACUUCACUUUUUGCCCGAUGUAACGUUUAUCAAACCCUUCUGGGCUGAUCUUGUCCGAGUAUCCGCGAUUCCGAGUACUAGUGUCGACUCUAUAGUAGAGUAUAUAACAAAAUAGCCCCGAUCCAUCUGCCGGGGGUCCUUUUAUACCUCUCGCUCUCGCUAAAUCCUCUCUCUUUCGCUCGCCUGAUCUUCCGGAAACGGACACCUGAAUUCGUUAUCAUCCGAACGCAACGAUGAUAGUAGUGUAGAUCGAUCAUAACGACGAUCGAACUAAUCAAUUAUUGUCAUGCUGUUUUAACCUAGCUAAAGAAAUAACCAAAUGACUGAGAGCGAUGGUAAUCUCCUAUCUAGGCGCCGAACGGGAAGUAAACAUUUUGUUUAUGGUUUAAGAAUCCAUCAGAUCUUGUGAGUUGAUGUUCUAAGGCAUUGAUUUUGGGUAUACUGGAUCUUCCAAGUUCCCGGUUUUUGAAAUAUAGGGAUAUACUGACAGUGAAUGGUCAUACAUUUCAUUUUCAUCGAAUUUCAUGAAAUUUAACCGACUGAUCCCGAUGUUCAACUGGAUGAGUAUAAAAGGUUAAGCAUGGUCGAAAAUCGAACAUUUCUUCUUAGACGGAACUGGACGUCGUGGUGAGAGCCUUCCACCAACAGCAACAAAUAUAGACUUUUGGCGUGGUGCUCAGAUCCUGGAUUCUGGAACAAAAAAAAUAGAUCUGAACUCCGCAUCAGAAUUUUUGAACUGAAUUCUGAACCAUAGUUUAAUUUUAGAACUCAGUUUCAGAAUUUACUUCCCGAAAUCAAAAUCUGCAUGCUGGGAAUUGAAUUCAGAACUUCCGUUCUGGAACUAGAUUUUGUUACUGAAUUCAGUUGCUUUAUUCAGGUUCGGAAUUCAAGUUCAGAAUUCAGUUCUAGAACUAGUUUAGGAACCUGGAUUCUGAAAAUAGUUCAAGUUUUGCAACUGAACAGUCUCAGUUUGUUUUUUAUUUUAGUUCCGAUUUCCGAACGGAUAAACAACGGAUGAAUUUUAAUGCGGUUCUUUUUUAGAAUAAUUAAAAUAUUCCCAUAGAAGUAUGCGAAGUUUUCCUCCUCUGAGUAUGUAAAUCUACAAAGAAGUAUAGCAUUCAUUGUUGUAUCGUACUCUCAUUUGUUCAGCGCUAUUUGUGUGGUAGAAUAUGUUUGUCGUCAAUAAGCCAUACUUUAGUAUAGAUACACCGUUACAAUUCCGGAAAUUUCUGGUUACGGAUGUCGUUUUCGCUUGAUGCCAAACCUAAAACAGUUUCCACCCUAACUGCUGUCGAACCGUUUUUUUUUCGGAUUAUUUCCAAAAAUCUCAAAAUUUUACGGAUUCCCAAAGUCGACUUUUCUAAAAAAAAUCUUUUUAGAUUACAUCAGAUCUGGACGUUUUUUGCAUUUCGAGGACAUUUGACAUUCAAAAAAAUUCAAUUUUGCGGUGUUUUUCUACGCGGAUUUCCGAAGUCACGCGGUCUCAAAUUUUCUAAGUCACAAAGUCGAUUGAAAAAAAAGGGAUUGUUACUCCCCGAAUUCCAGAAUACUGCACACUAGUGCGGUACACUGAGGUCUCCUUUUACAAGGGAGAUAGGUACCGCGUAGAAAAAAAACCGCGUAACUUCGAAAAUCCGCUUAAACGAAUCCGCAAAACUAAAGAAAUUUUGUGUGAAAUUGAUAAUUUUUUGAUGUCAAAAAUGCAUGAAACGUUGAGAGGUGGUAUAAUCUAAAAAAAACGUUGAAAAAAAAAACGCAAAAUUGAUGAAUUUUUAUUAAGCCAAAUGUCUUUGAAAAGCAUAAAACGUCCAGAUAUGGUGUAAUCUAAAACAAAAAAAAAUUUUUUUGAAAAAAGCGAAUUUGGGACGUCGAAAAAUUUUGAGAUUUCCGAAAUAGAAUUUUUUUUCAUGCUAAAUGUCUUGGAUAUGCAUGAAACAUCUAGAUCUGGUGCAAUCUAAAAAACAAAAUUAAAAAAAAAUGAAAAUUUUGUGGUUUUUGGAAUAACACCAGAUCUUGCGGUUUCAUGCAUUUUUAAGACAAAACAAGAAAACCGCGUAUCUUCGGAAAUCCGCAUAAAAAACCUCGAAAAAAGACCUCAGUGUAUUCAUUCAUUCUGAAGCAAAUACCCAUCGUUAAAGUAUUUAGUGUUGCGUUUGAUGAGUCUCAAAACUGCAUAGAAAUUUGUAAUAAAAAAAACUGACAAUCCACAAAGCUUGUGAUGAUGUGAUAUAUUCUGAGAUCAACAUACACUACUUCAAAUGACUACAAUUCACCGCAUAAAUCAUUCACGUAUCGCACGAGAAGGAGUGGUCCUAAGUGGCUCCCUUGUUUCGACUCGUCAAGAACAAAAAGAGUUUUUCUAACGUGUAUCAAAACUUUUCCAAUCUGUAGGUCACAUUAGUUAUUUGGGCGGUUCCAGAAAUACCGACUUCAUCACUUUGAUCGCCGUCCCAUUUAGCCUCCUUCGCCGCAGUCUAUUCUCCAACUUUUGCCUCCCAAAAAUGUCUGUUGUAAAGAACGAAACCUUUUUCCAUUAAGUUUUAUUACAUGUAUCAAAAUGAUUAUGCAAAUAAUUUGUAUCAAAGCAAUCGAUGAAAGUAUCCGAUUUCGGGAGGAGCCAGGACCGCUUGGUGUCCGUUUUCUGUGUUUGAACUGUUAGGUGGCAUAGUAGUACAAUAGAAACUGUUAUACAAGGACGAGGCGAAACGCUUUCGCUGAUCGUUAUUGCAAUGAAGAGUAAUAUCACAUUUCGUCCCGUUUAAAGAUAGUCUCGGUAAACAUUUCGAAAGGGCGUAAGUGCAAAAGGUACAUACAUUGCUUCAUGCAUGAAAUCGUGUUAUCAAGUUUUAUAAGAUAACCAAUAUUUCUUCCUAGCUUUUCAUUUUUUUCGUUUUUAUUAGCUAGCCUGUUUUCGUUAGUGUGUUUACCCUCAUUAGCUGUCACGUGCACGUGUUCUGCAGCAAAUCACCAGUAUUUAUAUGAAAAAAAAAUCGCUUAUUGCAACAGUAUGCACCUGAACCUGAACAAAAAAAGCUUUACAAUGUAAGUGCACCCGCAUCGCAAAGUGCACCCAAAAAAAAAGGGCAUUCAUGAAAAAUUACUCUAUUGUUUACAUUUUCUCCUUGCCUCCAC